GUAAAUCGGAAUCCUAGACUUCAUCAGAAAAUUAUAGAAAGCUUUUUAGUGCUGAAAUCACACAUGCAGUUUUUUUGCCAAAGCCAGAAGUGGAUUCAGAAUGAAUGGCUUAUAUCUCUGCUUCCAGAUGGAUCCUCUUUCAGCCUCAUAGGUAUGUCAUACGUUUCUAUUCUUUAUGGUUUGAAAAAAAAAAAAAACAUAUUCCAAUUUUUUAUCUUCACAGAAAAUCCCAGCAAGAAUUCCAAGGAAAAGUUCAUGUUGUCAUUAAAUUAUAAAGCUGAAGAUGAAGACAUCAUGCAGUACUUUGCAAGGGAAAACCUCAUUACCGUUAAUGUAAAUCCAGGACUUUACAGUGCAGAUCUAUCAUAUAAUCCCCUUAAUCAUGAGGAACCUUCUCCUGACCAAUCACACAAUAUUACCACACAUACAAAUCUGAAAGGGGGUGAAAGAUUUCAUUGUGGUAAAGAGUUCACAAAAAGCUCAGGUUUUCCUACACAAAAAAGAAUUCAAGCAGGAGAGAAAGCAUAUCAAUGUUCAGUAUGUGGGGAAUGUUUUACAGAUAAAUCAGAUCUGGUUACACAUGAGAGAAGUCACACAGAAGAGAAGCCAUAUUCAUAUUUAGAAUGUUGGAAAUGUACAAAUAAAUCAAAUCUUGAUACACAUGAGAGAAGUCACACAGGAGACAAACGGUAUUCAUGUUCAGAAUGUGGGAAAUGUUUUACAGUUAAAUCAAAUCUCGUUAUACAUGAGAGAAUUCACACAGGAGAGAAGCCAUAUUCAUGUUCAGAAUGUGGGAAAUGCUUUACACAAAAAUCAGAACUUGUUACACAUGAGAGACGACACACGGGAGAAAAGCCAUAUUCUUGUUCAGAAUGUGGGAAAUGCUUUUCAGAUAAAUCAAAUCUCGUUAGGCAUGGGAGAAGUCACACAGGAGAAAAGCCAUAUUCAUGUUUAGAAUGUGGGAAAUGUUUUACACAAAAAUCAAGUCUUGUUAUACAUGAGAGAAUUCACACAGAAGAGAAACCAUAUUCAUGUUCAGAAUGUGGAAAAUGUUUUGCACGUAAAUGUAAUCUUAUUACACAUGAGAGAUGUCACACAGGAGAGAAGCCAUAUUCAUGUUCAGAAUGUGGGAAAUGUUUUACAUAUAAAUCACAACUUGAUACACAUAAGAGAGGUCACACAAGUGAGAAGCCUUAUUCAUGUUCAGAAUGUGGGAAAUGUUUCAUACUCAAAUCAAGUCUUGUUAAACAUGAGAGAAUUCACACAGGAGAGAAAUCGCAUUCAUGUUCAGAAUGUGGAAAAUGUUUUACACAUAAAUCUAAUCUUAUUACACAUGAGAGACAACACACAGGAGAAAAGCCAUAUUCAUGUUCAGAAUGUGGCAAAUGUUUUACACAGAAAUCAAAUCUUGUUAGGCAUGAGAGAAGUCACAGAGCAGAGAAGCCAUAUUCAUUUUGAGAAUGUGGGAAGAGUUUUAUACAAAAAUUAGAUCGUAGUAGACAUCAGAUAAUUCAUAUGUAAAACCAUUUUUACAUAUUUUUGCAUAUCGGGUUAAUCAUUGACUUUAAAGGGUCUAUAAGAAGAGUUAUUUUUGGGUGUAACUACCCCAGAUCUCCUAGAUAACCGAAUUAUAUUUCCUUGAGGUCACUGUGACCAGGUCCAUGGAUUAAAAUAUUGGGGAUAUAGGGAAGAGAAGAAGAGCCUUGUUUACUUCCAGAGCAGUGAGGAUAAAUUGUCCCCAUGAACCU